CCGGGCAGGGGAGCGGAGCGGAGCGCUGGCAGGCAGUGACACAUUGUUGCCGACGCGGCCGCUGCAACAAACCGUGAAAUUGACACAUUGUAUCCAGCUGCCUUUUGUCCGUGACGCCCACCCGCUUCCAACAUGGGUAGUCGCAGCAAGCAAGAAGUUUACCAAAACUUCCUGGAGUUUUACCGAGAAGCUCUCGCCGCGGGCACCGCGUCGCCCUGCACCGGGGAAGAGCAGGUGCGUCUGGGCAGGCAUUUCCUCAAUUCCGUGCCCAGCUCGGGACACCGAUUCCAGUUCCUGGAUUUCUACCGGCUCGCCCUCGAUUUUUUUGUUGGUACCGGGGGAGGUCAGCAUUUGAGACGCGAUGGCUUCCGGGGCCUAGGCAAAGCCUUCGAGCUGCUGGAGAUGCUCGCCGUCAACCUGUACUUGUGGCCUUGGCGGAAGGAGAUCAAGUCGAUCAAGACCUUCACUGGAGCCUUUGUCUACUUUAUCCAACCUGUCUUUGCGCCCAGUGAUCUUCAGGAGAUCUUGCAAAAGCUGGGCUAUGUUCGGCAAGGAGCCAGCAAAUACGUGAUAUCGGAGCAGGUCAGCGAGGAGGACAUUGGCCAGCUGGGAUUUGAGUUCUUCUUGGCCCGGGCGGAGUGCGAGCUAAUGCAGGAGAUGCUGAACGAAGCUACGCAUUGCAGGUGUGAGGAUAUCGUCCAGCUGAGGCGCAUUCCCCCUCCGAGGGAAGCUGACAGCAUGAAUCCCCAGAACGCUGGCUCAAGGUUGGGUGAAGGGGCUGUUGUGGGAAACAACUGGAGCCCCAGGUCAGACCUGCCCUCCAGCAAAGACCCUGCCCAGUCUGAAUUCUCCGACGCCCCCUUGCCCCUGACAGAGAACAACACUGGUGGAAUCUUCGGAGGAGCAUCUGAGGCCUCAAAUGAUCCCCUGGGGUCCUCGAGGCCUCCCAUUCCCGAUAAUAUUGACCUUUAUAAUGACUGCAAUGAUGAGGAUGUGAGAGACAAUAGCCACUUCUUGCCCAUGCAGACGCAGACGGAGCAGUGCAAUUCUCUGCUGGUUUUGGACCAGUCACUGUUGAAAAACGCCAGCAUCGCAUCAGUUGGAAAUCUGUCCCCCGGGCAGACAGGGCCCCUCUCCAUGAACCUUUACUCCAGCUCAAUUCUGAUGGACCAGCAGCUCGAUGGCAAACCCCCAAGCAACCAGGGGGGUGAUGCCCUGGGCCAGAGAGCCCCACCAAAAUCGGAGGCAGCCAAAGAGGAGAGUGCCGAGGUCCGGAGGCCCAGCCGAAGCACUCAGAGUAAGUCCCCCCAGUAUGACAGGUUGGUGGACAAUUGUAAAAAGAAUCACGUCACGACGGUGGAGAUAGAGCUGAAGAACCUGAACUCUGAUAAGCUUCCCUACUCCACAGUGGAGACCGCAAAGGGUGCCUUGUUCCACCAGGGGGGCCACUUUGGUGUGUCUGAGUCUCAGGAGCCACUGGGGUUCAGAGGGCAGUGCCGGACUCAGCUGCCGCCAGCGUGUCACAUGUCGAGGACCUCCGAGUGUUGCCUGUGUUCACCAGCGGCGUUCCCCGCCGGGCAGCAUCCGCUGGACGCCCACGAGUUCCGAGACAGCCCGGCCCAGGGGGUCAGCGUGGUCCGCGAGCCGCCCCAGUCCCACUACAUCCCACCCAGCAGCCCCGGGGACCGGCCCCUCCCCACUGCCAGCACGUGCCGGGUCUGCUGCACCGCCCUCACCCCUGCCCAGCCAACGCGUGAGGAGUGUCUCCAGUUGCAGGAGGUGGCAGUGGGCGGCGACCCAGACUCCUACAUCUUCGUCAGCCGGGUGGCGUGCGGGCGGUCCGACAUGUGCUGCCAAUGCCAGAAAGGCAACAGCCACUAGAGACCCAGCUCCCUCCGACGUUGACUUGGAGAACUUCCAGGCGGGUCAAAUCCACUGGCCAUUCCUGACUCGUUUACAGUUUUGCCGCACCGGUCUCAGAAGAGUGAAUUGACCACCGGUUGCUCCCUGCCAGACUCGACGCUGUUUCGAAAAAGUGCUUGCACGCGAAGAUCGGUCUUCUGCUGACUGGUUUUGGCCAGGGAGAAUGGCCACUGAGUCUGAAAAGAAUCAAAGAAGAGCUUUAUUUGUCACGUGUACAUUGAAACAUACAUUGAAAUGCAUCGCUUUGCAUUGAUGCCAACACUGUCCCAGGAUAUACGGGGAGGAGUGAGUGCCUGUAAGUGUCACCAUGCUUCUGACACCGAACACAGGACAUUGGGACUAGGGUGGACUGGUUGAGCCAAAGGACCUGUAUCUAUGCUGUAUUGUCUUUGACUACGUUGUUUCCAGAAUGUUCCACCACUGAGGUUUCUAUUCAGUCUGCAGUUGCUGUGUUUAUCUCUACAGCUUUUCCUGAAUGAGGGUGGAACAGUAAAGAUGAUUAGUUUUAUUUGUCACGUGGACGUCAAAAUAGAGUGUAAGGCAUCACUUACAUCAACGACCAACACGGUCCAAAAUCGUGCUGGGGGCAGCCUGCAAGUGUCACCGUGCUUCGGGCACCGACGUAGCGUGCUCACAACUUACUCACCCUAAACCGUAUGUCUUUGGAAUGCGAGAGGAAACGCCUGAGAGACGGUGGCAGGAAUUGAAGCUGGUUCACUGGCGACGUAGUGUUACACUAGCUGCUACGCCCGCAGCUUCCCUGCACUGAGUGUUAGACCAGUGGUCUGGCCAGGGCUUUCAUUUCUGCUGCCUGGUUUUGCAUGGGGUGAGCAAUCACACGGUCUGGAUCAAGGACGUGAAUCUCUCAACACCAACGGCCGACGACAGUGUGAAACCACUGACUACCAGUUAGUGAGUGGACAUCAAGCACUUUGGCCGGGGGCUUUUUGGUCCACCUCGCCUUUUCUCUGAAUGAAAGCAGCACCCUCGUUGGGGAAGCAGUGAGCCGUGAAGGAAAAGGCAAACCCAGAAUCACCAUCAGAAUUAAUGUACAGAUUAUAAUACAAAAUUAAAAUAAUAGUGCAAAAAGAGAGCAAACAAAAAGAAACGUCUGAAUUAGUGUACGUGGGUUCGUUGUCCAUUGAGAAAUCGAUGGUGGCGGGGGGAAAGCUGUUCCUAAAACUGUGUGACUCCUGUACCUCCUCCUUGAUGGUAGCAAUGAGAAGAGGGCAUGUCCUGAGUAAUGGGGGGUCCUCAAUGACGGAUGCUGCCUUUUUUGAAGCAUCAUCUUUUGAAGAUGUCCUCAGUGCUGGGGAGGAUGUCUGCAUGGGUUGUGGGAGUCAAUGGCAAGUCUGGUGUUGGUUGGCCAUCCCUCACAGGUCUGUUGCUGCAGUGCCUUCUCUGUCAGUUGACCAUAUAGAAUUGUACGGCACAGGCCCUUUGAUCCACUGUGUCCUGGUACCAAUCUAAACUAAUCUCAUCUGCCUGCACAUGAUCCGUAUCCCUCCAUUGCCUUAAGUUCACGUGUCUGUCUAUCUUAAACACGUCUAUUGUACCUUUUUCCACCACCUCCCCUGGCAGAGUGCUACAGGCACCCACCAUCUCUGUAAAUAAAUACUGACCCUGCAUGUCUCCUUUAAAUUUCCUUCUCUCACCUGACACCUAUGACCUCUAGUACCUGAUGCUUGCACCCUGAGAAUAGACAGUCAGUGUCUUUUCCCAUCUGUGCCUCUAUCAGAUCUCCCCACAACCUCCAGUGCUCUAGAGCAGGGGUUCCCAGCAUGCGCUCCACAGACCCCUUGUGUAGUGGUAUUGGUCCACAGCAUAAAAAAAAAAAUUGGAAACGCCUGCUCUCGAGAAAGCAACCAAAUUUGUCCACCCUCUGCUUGUGCUCGUAAAUUCCAGUGCAGGUUGACAUCCUGACGAAGCUCCUCUGCACACCGUUCUGCAGACAAAGUUUUACACAGUUCUUACCGACUCCAUGUCUCGUAUAGACAAUGGCCUGACCAAUGAAGACAGGCAAGCCAUACAAGUUCACGUUUAUUGUCGUCAGAUUGUACAUAUAUACAACCAAAUGAAACGUAUAUCACAGCAUAUAAAACAAAAUAUUACCAUAAAUUCAUAAGAUAUAAUUCAAAAUGCAUGCAGUUGUGCAGUACAGGUAAACAGCUGGCUGUCCCGGUGCCAGGAUCGCGGUGGUGGCCGAGUAUUUAUUAGUCUCACAGCCUGAGGCCUUCUUUACAACCUUCUCUACUUAUCUUGCUGCUUUCAGAGAGCUAUGGACUUGCACCCCUAGAUUCCCCUGUACACCAUUGCUCCUAAGGGUCUUUCCAUUUACUGUGUAUUUUUCUCCUGCAUUAGACCUUCUCAUCCAGAUCAAACUCUCUCUCUGCCAUCAGAGUGUCACAUUAACCCAGAUCAGCCAAUCAUUCAAGGAGAUGGAAACCUUUGGGUAUUAAAAUUGAAAGUAAAUUUAUUAUCAAAGUGUAUUACCAUAUCUUGUUGCCACUUACAGGAAAAUAAAGAAAUGCAAAAAAAAACUAAACGUAUCCAAAGACUAGCAAACAACCAAUGUUCAAAAGAAGACAAACUGUGCAAAUAAAAAGUACUGAAACCAGGAGUUGUCGAGUCCUUGAAAG